AUUCGCUGCGAGUGCGUGCCCCAUUGCAUCCGACUAGGGGAUCGACUAGGCAAAAAGCAAUUAAACCGACUUUGGCCAUCUUAGCCGGUUAGUACGGGGAAACCCCUAUAGGCGAUUCCCCUGCAAGGGCCGUUGUUGGUAAGGUAGGGUCCGCCGUGGGUCACAUGGGCUGUUGUGGGCGGUGGUGGUCCCUUGGUUAAUCUCAAUAUUUUACGAUACGACUCCCCACGUCAGUCCACUCUCACUGUCAACAUUCCAUUGUCCGUCCUCCUUGUCGAUUCGUUAGACGGGGGCAACAUCAUCACUUUCGUUUGUUUCUUUCGAAAACAACAUUACACAAAACAAAAGUCAAAAUGCGUUCAACAACGGUUUUGACUUUGGGCGCUGCUACUGCCCUGCUCGGCGCAGGCAACGUCCUCGCCGAUGAUAUCCCUACCUGCUCAUUGGACAAGAAGUGUCCAGAGUCGGCACCUUGCUGUUCUCAAUACGGCCAAUGCGGCGUCGGCGCCUACUGCCUCGGCGGGUGCGACCCGCGCAUGUCCUUCUCUCUAGACUCAUGCGUGCCCGCCCCCGUCUGCCAAGACAAGACAUACAAGAUGGACAAAGCCUCCAUGUCCAAGAUUGUCGACAUCAGCGAGUACCUCGGCGACCCCUCCAAGGCCGACUGGGUCUCCCAGGGUGAACCCCUUUCGUACAACGACAACACGCUGCUCACCAUGCCCAAGAACUCGGUCGGCACCGUCCUGGCUUCCACCACGUACAUGUGGUACGGCUCCGUCAAGGCGCGGCUCAAGACGUCGCGCGGCCGCGGAGUCGUGACGGCCUUCAUCCUCAUGUCGGACGUCAAAGACGAAAUCGACUACGAGUUCGUCGGCUCCGAGCUCACCACCGCCCAAACCAACUACUACUUCCAGGGCAUCCCGACGUACGCCAACAGCGGCAACAUCAGCGUGACGGACACGUACUCCAACUGGCAUGAGUACGAAAUCCGCUGGACGCCCGACCAGAUCCAGUGGCUCGUCGACGGCCAAGUCGGCCGCACCAAGCUUAAGUCGGAAACGUGGAACGCCACAGCCAACCAGUGGGACUUCCCGCAGACUCCCUCGCGGGUGCAAUUGUCCAUUUGGCCCGGCGGCGCGGCGUCCAACGCGCAGGGCACCAUCGACUGGGCGGGCGGUGCUAUUCAGUGGGACUCGGAAGACAUCAAGAACUACGGGUACUACUUUGCUACGUUUGGAGAAAUCACAGUGCAGUGCUACGACGCCAAGAGUCCACCGGGGACGAACAAGGGCACGUCGUAUUACUAUAAUAGCUACAGGGCGACCAACGAUACGGUGGUGGAUAGCGAUAAGCCUACCGUGCUGGCGUCGUUCCAGGGGACCGGCACGGAUAUGGAUGCUGGUAAGCCGAGUGGGACCAAGGGCGGAUCGGCGAGCGCGACCAAGGCUGGUGGAAGCAAGGGGACGUCGGCGCCGAAUUCGAUUCCGGGGGCGGGAGCGGCGCCUAAUCAGGUGCCGGGGGGAGGGUCGGGGAGUGUCUCUGGAGGAUCUGGAUCGUCGUCGUCCGGCAGUGACGGUGGAAGUUCGGCGGGUAGUGACAGUGGGAGCGGCGCGAGCAGUGGUUCGAAUGCGUGUGGAAUGAAUGGGUUUUCGCAGAGUUGUGAUGAUGGAAGUGAAAGUGGAAACGGCGGUUCGUCCACUAAGAAUAAUGGUGUCAAGACGAGGGAUGCGCAUGGGGCGAGCGCGUUGGCUGCUGUGGUGGGGAUUGUUGGGUUGAUGGUUCUUUAAAGAUGUCUUUAUGAAGGGGUGUAAGAGUGAAAGGAAGAGAGAGAGAGAGAGAUUUGAUUUGAUCAGUGAAGAUUGGACAGGACAGGACAGGACAGGACAGGACAGGACAGUAAUGGUAAUGUUGUUAAUGGGUAAAUUGAUGUCUUAUCUUGGGCUUGUCCUUCAGCGGUGGUUCCCUUCCUUUUCGGGGAGUGGUCUGCGUAUUCAUGGUUGUGGUUUGGGGUUUUUUUUUUUUGUUAAUCCCAUUAUUGGUGUUUCUGGGUCCUUUCUUGACUCUUGAGGGUGGGUAUCGAUUGACUGCGUUCUACCUAACACCAUAUAUGGUUUGGAUCAUGUAUAGAUGCUAGGGAUAAGAAAGGGGGUGCGGUAUGUGGCAUGUGGUAUAAGGGGAGGCAUUAAUGGAUUUUCUUGUCGUGUAUGCGCGUAGGCUUUUCAAGUUGGCUAAUACCAGGCGGGCCAUCAUU